AUGUCUAACUCCGCUGCUGGCAGGUUGAACCAGACCUCUCAUAUCUUGAAUGAGUCUAUAAAGAACGACGACAUCUCGCUGCGCCGCUCUCAGCCAUCCACCACGUCUUUGCAAGCCCUUGAGCACCCAUUCAAGGUCACCGUGAUUGGUUCCGGUAACUGGGGUACCACUAUUGCCAAAGUUGUUGCUGAGAACACUGCUUUGAACCCACACCUGUUUGUGUCCCGUGUGGACAUGUGGGUGUUCGAAGAGAAGAUCGACGGCAAGAACCUGACUGAGAUUAUCAAUGAGCAGCACGAGAACGUCAAGUACUUGCCUGACAUCAAGCUGCCUGAGAACCUGGUCGCUAACCCAAACCUGAUCGACUCAGUGAAAGGUGCCGACAUACUGAUCUUCAACAUCCCUCACCAGUUCUUGCCCCGUAUUGUGUCAAACUUGAAGAACCACGUCGGGCCACACGUCAGAGCCAUCUCUUGUCUGAAAGGUUUUGAAGUUGGCAAGAAAGGUGUACAGCUUUUGUCCUCUUAUGUGACCGAUGAGUUGGGAAUACAGUGUGGUGCACUAUCCGGUGCUAACUUGGCCCCAGAAGUCGCAAAGGAGCACUGGUCUGAGACUACCGUUGCUUACCACAUUCCAAAGGACUUCAGAGGUGAAGGAAAGGACGUUGACCACAAGUUGCUAAAGGCUCUGUUCCACAGACCAUACUUCCAUGUCAAUGUUAUCGAAGAUGUUGCAGGUAUCUCCAUUGCAGGUGCUCUAAAGAACGUUGUUGCUCUGGGUUGUGGGUUUGUUGAGGGUCUAGGCUGGGGUAACAACGCUGCUGCCGCAAUUCAAAGAGUCGGUCUAGGUGAAAUCAUCAAGUUCGGCCAAAUGUUCUUCCCAGAAUCCAGAGUUCAAACUUACUACCAAGAAUCUGCAGGUGUCGCUGAUCUAAUUACCACUUGCUCCGGUGGUAGAAACGUCAGAGUUGCUAAGCAUAUGGCCAAGACCGGUAAGUCUGCUCUCGAUGCCGAAAAGGAACUACUAAAUGGCCAGUCCGCACAGGGUAUCAUUACUUGUAAAGAAGUCCACGAAUGGUUGGAGACUUGUGAGAUGACUCAUGAGUUCCCAUUGUUCGAAGCAGUCUACCAAAUUGUUUACAACAACGUCCCAAUGAAGAACUUGCCAGAUAUGAUCGAAGAAUUGGAAUGCAUCGCUGAUUGA